ACUCGGUUCUCGCCGAUCGGCACGUUACACCAAAAUCGUCUUCUCUACUUUACGCAUACAAAUAUCAUACACAGAGUUUAACGCAAAUACAAAAACCGCCCAAAAUCAAAACCACACAAUGAACUCCCUCGUUAAAGUGUUCGUCGUGUUGGCCGUGGCCGUAGCAUUGGCUUGCGCCGAAGAAGCCAAGAAAGAGACCAAAGCCGUAGAGAAACGGUCAGAGGACUUGUCCACCGCGGCUUCCGGACGACUGUUCUCAGGUCACGGUUACAACAGCUACCCGUCCGGCGGUUACAGCAGCGGCUACGGCGGAUACCCGAGUUCAUACAGCAGCGGAUACCCAAGCUCGUACAGCAGCGGAUACCCAAGCUCGUACAGCAGCGGAUACCCAAGCUCGUACAGCAGCGGUUACCCAAGCACAUACGGCAGCGGUUACCCAAGCACAUACGGCAGCGGAUACCCAAGCUCGUACAGCAGCGGAUACCCAAGCGCUUACAGCAGCGGUUACCCGAGCACGUACAGCAGCGGUUACCCGAGCACGUACAGCAGCGGUUACCCGAGCGCAUACGGCAGCGGUUACCCUAGCACAUACAGCAGCGGUUACAAGAGCUACCCGAGCGCAUACUCAGGCGCCCAUUCUUACAGCAACAGCUACAGCUACCCAGGAUCUUACAGCUCCUACGGACACAACGGUUACGACAGUGACGUAUACGGCGGUUACAACAAAGGUUACAGCUCCAGCCCAUACUCCACCGGUUACGGUUACAACAAGUGGUGAACGUAGUGUGAGCAUCCGGCACUCGGUCACGUCUCUGUGGACUUAAGAUUUUUUUUUUGUGAAAUAAAAAAAAAUAAUAAGUUCAUGUUUAAAUAAUAUGUAAAAACACUGUCCAUGUAAUUGUUUUUUAUAUAAACUAUUUUAUUUAUUAUCUUCCAACAAUAAACGAAAUACAUCUUUAAA